AGCCUUCAUUGAAAGUACUUUCCAUUCACUUUCCAUUCCGGUUCGUAUCAAAUUUUCUUUCGAUGUUUUCAAAGCAAUCCACUCACUAACAAUAAAAGCAUCUGGACAGUUGCAUUAAAGAAGUGAAAACGCGCAAAAUGUGAUCUCAGUUUGUUCUAGUUUACCUACCCUUAACGUAAACCAAAGAUAUCAUAAUGGACAUGAUUUGUUUAAAUAUUAUCUUGAUAUCUAUUUUUAUACAUUUUUCGACUGCCUCAUUUGAACUCAGGGCCUACAUAUCACAAGAAGGGCUUCACGGAACAGUAACAUUUACCAAAGUAAAGGAUGCCAUAAAAAUUAAUACUAAUCUCAAUGCGACACUGCAAUAUCCAAACCAAAUAUGGUCAUGGUCCAUUACAGAGUUUCCGACAGAUUAUUCUCAUUUGGAAAAUCGAUGCGAAUCAUCAAAAUUGGGCAACACGCUGGUGAACCUGGACGACGUAUUCGGAUUUUUAUACAUCCCCGAAAACAUGACCGCCGAAUUUCUGACGACAACUUUAAGGGUUGGCGGCGAAUCUGGCAUUUACGGAAAAUCGUUGUUACUUCGCAACACCGAGUCGAACAAAUUAAUUUGCGCUUCAAUUGUACUUCUUGAUAAAACUAUGGAAAAGGUGGCAGUGGCGAAGUUUAGAUCGCCAGUUAGCGGAUCGGUUUUCUUUAAGUGGUUCGCAACGAAAGAUAAUGAUCAAGAAAUGCUGAUCACCACCGACCUGUACCGCGUGUCGAAAACGGGCGGUAGCUUCGGAUUCACGCAACACUCUUGGAAAAUUUACGCCACGGAUCUUUUGCACCACGACGAUGAGCGCAUCGAAACGAGCUGCAAUAUCCUACAACUCGUGUUUGACCCCAAUAACAAAGGGGACGGAUUGGCCUCCGGUGAUAUCGACACCAGGGUGGGGAAAGUUAAAGUAGCAACAAAUUACCGAAGACAACAAUAUAAAACACUGUUUCGAGACGAAGAGCUGAUCUUACUUCCAAGCGAUUUGACAGGACCACAACGCCGACUGUAUUUGGUCAUCUUCGACGACAAGCACGAGAACUCCUUUUUAACGUGCGCAAAAAUUCGAUAUGAAACUCCAGUUACGGCCAAGAUUAUAAUCCAAUCCGGGGGAAUUAAAGGUGAACUGCAGCUAACCCAGCGCACCCAGUUCGAGCCCACGUUCCUGAAUUUUAAUUUAAGUACAGCAAAAGGAGAUCUAGAAACAAGUUUAGUAUACAGCUCAUCCGUCGCUGGUUACAGAAUUCAUGAACUACCAAUAGCUGCUGCAAAAACCGUGGGACAAAUGGAGAAUUCGUGUCUAACCACUAAAUUUUACUACAAUCCCUUAAAAAUUAAUGUCAACAUGCUUCCACCCAAUGGAUAUGGAACCCAAGACCAGUAUCCUGUUGGUGAUCUGUCUGGAAAGCUUCUUGGUAGGAAUAAGUUUGUCAGUUUAGUUGAAGGAGGACAAGAACUUAGUGGGCAGUAUUGGGAUGUAUUUCUACCGUUGCAGGGACAAUUCUCUGUCAUUCAUAGAUCUUUGGUCAUAUACAAGAACACCCAGUAUCCAACGUACGCCAUCAUGCCAGAACCUUGGAUAUGUGGUGCCAUAGUGCUUUAUGAACAAAACUUUAAGUACCAGAAGCAGAUGUUCACAGCAGAAGUUCUAAUCCGCUACCCAAUUGUUGCCAAAAUCCUAUUUAGGCAGCCAAAAGAUGAACCGUGGUCAGACACCUCGAUUUUAACCGAGUAUCUCAUACACGCCGAUGGCUCUCAAGUUAACAACUCACUCGACCACCGCUGGGCGAUUCACGAAUUUCCACCUGGCAAGGAUUUCUAUAACUGGACCGCCAGAUGCGUCAGCGCAGGUUUGGUGUACAAUCCAUACAAGGUCGAUUUCGACAACAAAUCAUCAAUUAACAAUUGCAGCACGGAUACGAUUGGAUACUGCAGGGCGGGCGAUUUAUCCAAGAGACUUGGCAAUUUGGACAUCUCCGGAACAAAGGCGAACAGCGAAAGGAUCUCGAGAAAAUUAUUCACUGACCAGCUUCUGCCGCUUAACGGUCCCAAUUCAAUUGUGGGAAAAUCAAUCGUCCUAUACGAUGACUUCGGGCCGAAAGCAAGAGGCGAAAGGCUCGCUUGUGCAAAAAUUGGAGCAAUUUACAGGCGGAAAGCUGUGGCGAAGGAUUGGUUUUCGAACGGGGACGUUACGGCAACAAUUCAAGGCAAAAUCGAGUUCUUUCAGCAAACUGAACAUGACAUAACAAACGUUGAGGUUUCACUAGCAGGUCUGCAAGAUAACAGAGGUUACCAUGUGCACAUUACUCCAAUACAAGAAAAUUUGCAAUUUCCGUGCGAAGCAUCGACCCUUUAUGAUCAUUGGAAUCCUUUAAAUGUGGAUUCCAAGUCAUCACCAAAAAAUUAUUACGGAACUCCCGAUCAGUAUGAAAUGGGCGAUCUCAGUGGAAAGUUUGGUACUUUAGAUAAUCAUACAAUUUUCAAACAAGAUUAUAAUGACACUAUGUUGCCACUCUUUGGUCCGCGGAGUAUUUUGGGACGAUCUAUUGUGGUCGAAAAAAGGGUUAAAGGUAGCAGAUGGGCUUGUACAACAAUCGAGCGUGGAUACAGUCCCUCCGAAGCAAGGGAGAUUAGGGCAAUUGCGUCUUUCCAUCACCCCCAAGGGCAUGCGUACGGAUACAUGCGAAUGAAGCAACUAAUUUACAGUGACGGCAGCCAAAGCGAUACCAUAAUUGAAAUCAAUCUACGACACCCAGGAAAGCACGACAGCAAUAUUACUCGAGAUCAUCACUGGGCGAUUUAUGUCAACCCAGUGGGCGUUGAUGCAGCUGUGAAAACUCAAAACACCAGAUGCGUGGCUGGAGGAUACGUGUGGAAUCCUUACUACACACAACUGGCAGAUCCUUUAAAUACCGAAUUAUAUCGCCAAGAGUGUGGCCCGGAUAAUCCACUAAGGUGUUACGUUGGUGACGUGUCAGCCAGAGUCGGCACAAUAGACUUAGGGCUCAGAAGGUCGGUUGUGGUUGAUACCAAUUUUCCUUUAGAGGGCCAGUGGAGCGCAAUCGGCCGAUCCAUUGUAAUUUUAAGCCCAAAUAAGCAACCCGAACGCUACGCUUGUGCCAACAUCGAACCAGAUUAUGACAUAAUCAAAUACGCCAACAUUGACAAACCCCCAAGAUUUGUACUAGCGCAAUUUAUAGAAGACGUUUGCAAAGUAAUGGGCAUUCCAGAAUGGAUGUUAACUGUAGAUUCAAGACAAACGAAAAUAUUACACGGAGGAGCCUGCAUGCAGAUUCUGUUGCAUUUCAAAGGACCUAUCGCUAAUAAACUGGAGCAGGACUUUAGCAGGCUAAUUUCGACAGGUAGAUUGGAUUCCCCAUCGUUGUAUAUACAUGGAUUUAUUGAUACAAAACGAAAAGUGAAGAUAUCCUACAAACAGUGCGGCAAGAAGGAUCCCAACGACAACAAAUCGCGAUUUGGGUGGUUUGGAAGUGGUUCCUAUAAAUUUUCUGCAUCACAAAUUAGUUUAGUUUUUGUAAUUUUAAUCCAGUCUUGUGUUUAAGGUUUACGCAGUUUUUAAGUGUAACAAAUUGUAAUUUUGUACAUAAUUUACAAUCUACCUACCUUAAUUUAUUAUAAUGCGCUAAAAUAUACCGUUUUGUUAUCAGUAAGA